GGAAGGGGGAGGGGGAAAUAAAUCGGCCGUGGCCCCCCACACGUCAGAGGUCCCAGCGGGAAACUCGUGGGACCGACCUCUUUGCAGCGAGGACACAGCGACCGACUCCCCCUCUCUCCGCGAUCAUGGACAACGAGCAGGUUCCAACCACCACCUCCAGCGGGAACAGCAGCAACCCUCGGCAGCAGGUGCCUCAGAUAUCUGUCUACAGCGGCCUCCCCGACCGUCAGACCGUGCAGGUGAUACAGCAGGCCCUACACAGACAGCCCAACACCGCAGCCCAAUACCUGCAGCAGAUGUACGCUGCCCAACAGCAGCACCUGAUGCUGCAGACGGCAGCCUUGCAGCAGCAGCACUUGAGCAGCGCCCAGCUCCAGAGCCUGGCAGCCGUGCAGCAGGCGAGCUUAGCAGCCACCCGUCAGGGAUCCUCGCCCAAUGGGACCGUCUCGCAACAGGCAGGUUCCUCCCCCGCAACGAUUAACCUGGCCACCUCGCCUGCUGCCGCCCAGCUGAUCAGCCGCGCCCAAAGUGUGAACUCCACGGCCACCACUGGCAUCGCCCAACAGGCCGUGCUCCUGGGCAACGCCAACAGCCCCACCCUGACCGCCAGCCAGGCUCAGAUGUACCUGCGGGCACAGAUGCUCAUUUUCACACCCACUGCCACAGUUGCUGCCGUACAACCGGAGGUCACCGUGUCCUCGGCAAACCAGCAGUCGUCUGCUUCCCAGGUCCAGAACCUCGCCAUCCGAAGCCAGCAGAGCAGCUCAGGGGCCCAGGCACAGCUACAGAGCGUCACUCUGAAGGCCACGGCCUCGGCUCACCAGGCCUCCGCUAUCUCUCAGGCCAAACCCCCCGGCCAGAACCCUGUGUCGGGCAACAAGGGAGGGCAGGGCGACAGCAUGGCUGAGCACGGCAAGAAGGCAGACGGCAGCAAUUCGGCCAAUGUAGAGUCCCGGUCACUAAGCUCCAACCAUACAGCGAGCCCUCUCAUCACCACUGCUUACGCCCAGAUUCAACCCCAUCAGUUGAUUCACCAGCAGCAGAUUCAUCUCCAGCAGCAACAACAACAACAGCAGCAGCAGCAGCAGCAACAACAACAACAACAGCAACAAAAGCAUCUUCAGCAGCAAUUUGUGAUCCAACAGCAGCAGAUUCAACACCGGCAGCACCAGCAGCCCCAGCUGAUCCACACCACAGCCCAGCUCCAGCCUCUACAGCAGCAACAGCAGCCAGUGCCUGUCCAGCCUUCGCCCCAACUCCAAGCCCAAGCCCAGGUUCACCCUCAGGUCCACACUCACGUCCAGCAGAGCCCCCAGUGCCAGUCCGUCCUCCAGCAGAAGCACCAGGUCCUCCAGCAGGUCCCUCACUCCCAGAUCCCCGUCCUCCAGCCUGUACCCCAGGCUCAACAGGCAGCACAUCACCUGACAGCCAAUGGACAGACGGACCCUCACAGUCACAGUCACAUCCAUCAGCAUCAGCACCAACACCAACACCAAGCGCCUCAGACGACUGCUGUCAAUCUCCAAGUCCAACCGACCGCACAUGUGGUCCAACAGCCUCAGAGGAUCGUCCACGAGAACAUCAGGAGAGAGAAGGCAGACCCUGCCCCAGAGAAAGGACACCCUGAGAAAAUCACAGCCCAGCAGAUCCCCUCUGUCCCCACCUGCCUCACCGUCUCUGAUCAGAAAAAGACCGACACGUCCUCCAAGUCAGUCACUCAAGGCAAAGGGCUGGAGAACACGAAUGCAAAGAGCGUCCCGUCCGAUCCCACCAUGACGUCAGGCAACGGCCACGCCACCUCGUCCGUGGCGGCCAGCGCCCCCCAGCACCCCGACAACAAGCCCCCCCAGGCCAUCGUCAAACCCCAGAUCCUCACCCACGUCAUUGAAGGCUUCGUCAUUCAGGAGGGGGCAGAGCCGUUUCCACAGCAGCCACAAGUUUGCGUCCAGCCCACGGAAAAGCCCCCCCAGCCCAACGCUGACUCGGAGAUGGAGGACCUCAGCCAGCAAGAUGUGAUUGAGAAGGAGGAGGACGCCCUCAGACUGAAGUGUGAGUUCUGCGGACGGCUCGAUUACGCUCACAAGUUCAAGGGAACCAAGCGGUUUUGCUCCAUGGCCUGUGCCAAGAGGUACAACGUUGGCUGCAGUAAGCGUGUGGGGCUGUUUAAACCAGACAAGAGCAAACACCUGCAGAAGAAGGAAGGAGGCAAACUGGGGAGACGGGGAUCAAGGAAGAACAAUCUACACGGCACCAACAAAGAUCAGCACAAAAAACAGCUGAAGAAGCCCCCGGCCAGCGCGGCGCUGAGCCAGGAGGACUCCAGCCGGGGUUCCGACAACUCCAGCUACGAGGAGCCUCUGUCCCCAAUCUCCGCCAGCUCAUCCACCUGCCGUCGGCGGCACAGCGAGCGCGAGCUGGACGCCCACGAGGUGAGGAUGAGGGACCUGAUGGGCAUCGGCCAUCACUUCCUGCCCAGCGACCCCACCAAGUGGAACGUGGAGGACGUGUGCGAGUUCAUCCGCUCGCUGCCCGGUUGCCAGGAGAUAGCAGAGGAGUUCCGAGCGCAGGAGAUCGACGGCCAAGCACUGCUUUUGCUCAAGGAAGACCACCUGAUGAGCGCCAUGAACAUUAAACUGGGGCCAGCGUUGAAGAUCUACGCCAGGAUCAACCUGCUGAAGGACUCGUAACGGGAGAGCGGGCGAGGUCGGACCAUUGAGGGGCUCCAUUGGGACAAAAUGGAAGCCGAGGCUGUUAGUUGUGAAAACCGCCAUUUCUGGUCACUGUGAACCUGCCCUUUGGGACGACAGCUCCCCCUCUCUCUCCCCCUCCCUCUCUCUCUCUCUCUCUCCUGGUGACUGAUGGCACCGAUUGAUUGAGACCAACGAACACGAGUGAGAAAGGGCUCCAGUCGUCGCAUUUGAAGCUUGCGACCAAACUGUUGGCAAGAGAAGCGAGUUGCUUAUCUGACUGGCCUUCGACAGAUAGUAGCAGUGAUGUUGGAUCAAGCGACCUGUCGGCAAUGGAGUGGGUGUUAAGAGAGCGGCUCUGACUGGGAUUGGAACUUGCUGCUGGUUGUGUUGGUUGUCCUGAGCUUGUUGGAGCCGGGGUGGGGGGUGGAGGAGAGGAACAAAAGGUCAAUGUUGAGGUUGAUUUCCAGCUCAAGGUGCAUGUUUAGAGACUAGAUUUUCCUUUAGAACGAUUUCAUUGAUUGAUUGACUGAGUUUGGUUUUGGGGGACGGUCAGUGGACCUGCCUGUGAAUUAACCACGUGCCUGGGGACCACCGAAACUGACGCCGAGCCUGUUACCGUCUCCGUGACCAGCCGAAUGGCGUUCCUUCGUGGGCAUUCCUGUCCGUUCUGAGAUGGUGUUAGUGACUGGAGGAGCCCCUAGGGGUUGAUUUAGGUGGUG